AAUAGAUAAACAACAAGGAAAACUUCCAUGAAUUCCGAUCCAGUUGGGACAACAUAAUACUUGAUUCUGAAUAAUUUUAACAAUCAAAUUCUUUUGAUCGAUGAUUUUGAGACAGCUGAACGUUUGAGAGAGCUAAAAAUACCAGCCAAUCAUGGCAUUGUCUCCCGAUCAGUUGUCAGCACAGCUUAAAAGUCUCAAACGCGGUCCAGCUCCCAAGGCACCAGGACCAAGCUCUCCCACUUCACCAGUUGCAGGCAUGGGAGCAAUUGAUUUGCACUCAAUUAAACUCCGAAAAACUGGAAUGCGAGAAAGUUUGAUUGAAACAGACACAGAUCUUGGGAAAGAGAACACUUCAAAUGAGCUAAAUAAUGUGUUUGCUGCAAGAAGAAAAAUGUUUGAGCAAGGCGGUGAAAAGCCUGCAACUAUGCCAAGACCAGCUAGGUCACGGAAAUUCAGUGAGGAAGAAACACAGAAGCCUCGUAGUGAUUCAUUACCGGGGAGUAUGACAGAUAGCAAUGAAAAUAUUGUCAAUAAAGGAGGGACUCCCAAAUUAAAACCACUGCCGACAUUACAAAGUCUUGGAUUAAAACCUCCGCAAAAGCCACCAAAACCACUGAUUUUAACAAUGAAAAUAGAAAAGAAAUAUAAAAACCACAAGGUGAUGAUUGCACCAAAGGUCAAAACUGCAAUCAUUGAAGAAGUUMAGAAUGGAAGCUUUGAUCAAGAUGUUGACAUUGUUGAAGACGGAGAAGAUAUCUAUGAUGAUAUAAACACAGGUGCUAGUAUACCAGAAACACCAAGUAUUCCAGUUUAUAAACCAGCRCCUCCGCAACCAGUUGAACCUGAGCUUAUUGAAGAAGACACUUAUGAUGAUGUGGAGCAGCUGGCUGAAGUUGUUAAAUCACAAUUAGGCCAAACACAAGCUAAUCAAAAUAUAGAAGGUCUAAAUAUUGACAAUGCCGAUGGAGAAUUUGGUGAAGACUUUUACCAACCUGUUGAAGGAACAUUUUCUAAGUAAAGGAACUGCUAAGGAAGACUAUCCUGGGACUGGUAACAAAGAGCUUCCUUGUGCAAAAGGAAGUGUCCUGGAAGUUGUGGUUAAAGACAACUGUCCAAAUGGAAAGUGGUUGGUCAGAGACCAGCAAGGACACUUUGGUUUUGUGCCAUCAGAAAUCCUUCUACUUGAGGGCAAUCCUGAAGAAAACAUUAGUGAUGAAGCAAACCUGGACGAGGACCUUUAUGAGUGUGUUGAUACAUUCCAAAGUAAAGCAUCUGCACCAAAUGACGUCACAGAAGAUUUUUAUGACGAUACAGUUGCUAUAGGUGAUGAAGAUUUCUAUGAAGACUUACCUUGUGAUAGCUAAAAAGUUGUAAAGAUAUACAUAUCCAAGCAGUUUUUCAUCAGUAUCAUAUGAUCUUCUGGUAUUUUUUUGUACCAAAACAAUUUACAUUUCAUUGAUAACAUUGUUUUAUCAGAGUUACUAAGUCUGGCUGAACACAACAAGCUUUCUGUCAKUGAUUUACAGUACAGAGAACAGAAUUGUUUAACAUAAUAACAGAUCAAAUGAUCAGUAAGACUACAAUGAUUAAGAUGCACUUUUUAGAUAUAAUUUUGAAAUAAAAUAUAAAGAUGCAAAAUAUGACUAUAACUACUUCAUAGAAGAAAUAUAACCUUAAGUUGUAGCACUUAUGGAGUUUAUUAGUAGUUCUUUAUUAAAAGAUUGUGAAACUUGAA